CGGGCGUGACUGGUUGGUCGUCAUUUCUGCUUGCUGCAUAGUCGCUGGCCGUGCUUCGUCGUAAAUUUCAACCAUCUUGAGCUAAUUUCAUCGACUCUAGAAGAACUUGCCGCUUACAGUGCGCAUCCACCGCCACCCCUGCCUACAAAACAUGACAAAAGCAUCCAGCCGCGGUAUGGGUACCGGAGAGAAGAAAGCUGCCGCCAAAGUGAAAGCGCCCACUGCCACCAUGGCUGGAAGCGGCAAGAAAGAUAAACACAGGAAGAAGAGAAAGGAGUCCUACAAUGUCUACAUCUACAAAGUCUUGAAGCAGGUCCACCCAGACACGGGCAUCUCGAGUCGGGCCAUCAGCAUCAUGAACAGCUUCGUCAACGACAUCUUCGAGCGGAUCGCUUCGGAGGCUUCCCGCUUGGCCCAGUACAACAAGAAGUCUACCAUCAGCAGCCGAGAGGUGCAGACGGCCGUUCGUCUCCUCCUGCCCGGCGAACUGGCCAAGCACGCAGUCAGCGAAGGCACCAAGGCAGUCACCAAAUACACCACUACCAGAUGAUUCCGACCAAUCAUCGGACGCCAGUUUAACUCGACCACCGUUUAAUAACUGGACUUUAUUAGGCCUAUAACAAUAAGUCUCGCCUUCAAGACCCAAUUAUCACAAAAUGAUUGCACUUAAAGGUAUCAGACAAGCGCCGAUUUAUUGUAAAUAAUGUGUAUAAAAAUGUUCAGUGUUUUUUUUUUACUUGAGUUUGAAAUAAAUUAACCUAUUCUCUAA